AUGGUAGUUGGUCAGAAAGCUGCCAACGCAUUUGGCCCAAAUCGAAACGGUUAUAAUCAAGAUAGUGGAGUUACGUGGCUGAUGAUGAAGGGAGGUGAAGAACCUCACAAACACUUGCAAGAGUUCGACGUGGUGUGCUCCAACAUGAAACCACCAGGUGUUACUGACGAACAGAUCAAACUCAGAGCCUUCCCAUUCUCACUUAAAGAUGCUGCAAAUGAUUGGCUCUACUAUCUCCCACCUGGAAGCAUUGACACGUGGAACGACAUGAAAAAUAAAUUUUUGGAGAAGUACUUUCCAGCUUCCAGAGCUGCGAUCCUGAGGAAGGAAAUAUGUGGCAUCAAGCAACAAUCAGGUGAAACACUCCAUGAAUAUUGGGAGCGAUUCAAUAAGCUUAUCAUUAAAUGUCCACAACAUCAAAUUCCCCCUCAAUUAUUGAUUCAAUACUUUUAUGAUGGUUUGUCGUUGAUGGACAGGAACAUUAUCGAUGCUGCAAGUGGUGAAGCUUUAGUAAAUAAGACGUUGGCACAAGCUUGGGAUCUUAUUGCGAGGAUGGCUGAAAACACGCAGCAAUUUGGUUCAAGAGAUGUUGGACAUAUGAGCGGAAACAACAACGACCAUGCUAUCCAAUCGAUGCAGCAACAACUUUCUAAGUUGACGAGCUUCGUCCGCAAGAUAGUCGUGGAAAAUUCCAACCCGAGUGUCCAGGUCAAGGCGUGUGAAAUAUGCACAAGUGCAGGACACCCUACAGAUGCAUGUCCGACCCUCCAAGAAGAAUGUGCAGUGUAUGUGAACACUGCAAACUACGGUAUGAAUAGACCUCCAGUGUACAAUCUAUACUCCAACACUUACAAUCCAGGCUGGAGAGAUCAUCCGAACCUGCGUUAUGGAAACGCACAGCAGGGUAAUGAUCAUCAACCAUUCGGAGCUAUACAGCAGAUGCAACAACCUCGUUUCUAUGAGAAACAGCCGCCCCAAGCACCCAUAAGCAACUCCAGUCUAUCUUUGGAAGACUUGGUGAAGUCUAUGGCUACCAGUACCCUGCAAUUCCAGCAAGAGAUGAAGUCAACUGUCGUCAAAUUACAAGGUCAGAUCAAUCAAGUGUCGGAGGAGGUGAGACAGCUACGUGAAAGAGGAAAGUGGCCUGCUCAGCCUGAGCCAAAUCCAGCAAAUGUCAGCGCCAUCACUAUCUGCAGUGAUACGAUGAUUGAAUGUUCCUCCCGGCCUAAUCCAAAGAAUACGAGUGCUAUAACCCUUCGUAGCUGA